AUGGCUUCAUCCUCACAGACGAGCUCUUUGCUCUACUCUUGUGUUGCUCAUCGCACUACCAUUCUGGCUGAGCACUCCGCACCGGGCACUUCAUCGACCUCCGCCUCGUCACUUGCUUCUAUCAUCCUCCCAAAGAUCACACAUGAUAAGCCCCAGAAACUCACCUUCACCCAUGAGCGGCUAUUUGUCCAUUACAUCGCCGACUCGCCUACGGGCAACCAAUCCGACGAUGUGAAUCGCUCAGAGCCCAACUCGCACGCCCCCUUGAGCUUUGUGGUAGUUGCAUCCGCCGAGCAAGGCCGUCGCAUCCCAUUCGCAUAUCUGCUAGAAAUGAAGCGCAAGUUCCUUGCCACCUACCAACCAUCUACAACCGAAUUCGCCUCACUACCCGCCUACGGCUGCGCCGCGUUUAACAAUGAGCUCCGCUCCCUCCUGCAAACAUAUAACACGGCCCCGCCAGCCGACUCGCUCGCAUCCGCCCGGCGCGAAAUUGACAGCGUCCGCGAUAUAAUGACGGAGAAUAUUGAGCGGGUUCUAGAGCGCGGCGAGCGCAUCGAUCUGCUGGUUGACAAGACGGACAGGCUUGGGGGGAGUGCGCAUGAUUUCCGGAUGCGCAGCCGAGGCCUGCGGAGACGAAUGUGGUGGAAGAAUACCAAGUUGAUGAUCAUGAUGGUGAUUGUGGUUAUAUUUUUGCUUUAUCUCUUCGUCGGUAUGGGAUGUGGACUACCUGCAUGGGGGAAGUGUGUUGGACACUAG